CCAACUUAAUAUCAAGAGCUAUAUUUUUAUUGUCUCCCAGAGUGGUGUAUCUUAGAUCUGGAGAUCUUACGAAGCAGCUCAAUAUCCCUGUGAUAAGGGUACUCAAGUGCAAGUCUUGUGAACUCAGAAUCAACAUUGAUGAGAUCAUGUCCCUCUCAUCUUCUUUCUACUGGCACAUAACUGUAUGAUAUAGCAUUUUCUAAAGAGUCUAGAGGAUCAUAUGUCACAUGGUUUUCAAUCAAGCCAGUAGUACUGACAUCAUAAGACCGAGGAUCUUCUUCUCUCAAGUUCUUAUUCAACCCAGUUGGGAGACCAAAGCUCUGCUCUUGAAGAUUCUUGUAAAAGUCGUCUUGAAGAAGCUUAUAGCCAAACUUUUCUCUUCUAAGCUUUUCUUCUUGUAAAAGAUGCUCUUUAUCCUUUGGCUUUAAUAAUUUGCUAAAUGGAGCAAAUUGAUGCACCUUUUUGUUCUUCAGAAGAGGAAUUGAGCUCCACAUGCUACCGAUGGGGCUUUCAAAAAGAUCUAGGCAUAUCAGGACUAGAAGGAGGGAUAAUGCAUAGAAUAGGAGCACUCUCUUAUGAGUGUGCUUAGGUAAUUCAAAUAUAUGAUGAUGAUAAUCUUCAAUAAAAUCUUUAUACUCAAUCGGAUCUAGAACAUUCUGAAACAUUUGUUUGUUUGUCAAGAUCCAAUAUGCAAUCGCCACGUAGAAGAAAGCUCCCCAUUUUAGAAUAAAGAUAGCAGUCUUGUUCAAAGUUUCAUCAUAAAGGGGUGGCUUUCUGUAGUGAAGGAACACCAUUACUUUCUCAAAGAUAUAGGUUAUUAUCAGGAUUACCAAUACGGUAAUUGGGACAAGAGGUAGACCAAAGCCAUAGAAUCAAGCGACCAUAGUUAUACAUAAAAUAUUAGAGUAUUUGCCCUCAAGUCCAUUCUCCAUUCCAGAGUUGAGCUCAGCAUAAUCAGAUGCUGUUCUGCUUUUAGUUGCAUAUUUCUUAUACCCUCUAAAUCUUCUAUCUAUCAAAGCAAUUAUUUUUUGCACUAUGAAUGGGCGAGUAAACUCAAUGAAAGGAGUAAGGAUCUCCAUGAACAUCGGAGUGACGAAGUACUCAGAACUUUCAUCGUACCAGUCAUCACUGAAGUCAGUGUAGAGACCAUUGAACAAGAAAGAUCCAUUGGGCUUUUGAGUGAAUCUUGCAUUGAUGAGUAAAAUUGCUAAGGCACUAUUGAAGAAUCCAAGUACAAAGACUGCAAGCUGGAUGCUGGAUACCUCAUGAGUCUUGUUUUCAUAAUAGAUCCAAGAAAUACAGUAGCAAGCGAAAGUUUCUAGAAUAACACCAGUCGUGAAGAUCAAGACUGGAACUAUGUAGCUCAUCAGCUCAAUGAACACUGAUGAUUUGAGGACAACUCAUUGUGAGAUUGCCGACCUUCAUUGAAGUGUCUUCACAGAAGACAUUGGAAAAGCCAAGGUUUCCGAUGGAGUACUUGUUCAAGGU